AGAUCUUAUCAUUAGUCAUCAGUGGAAAGGAAAUGCACAAUCAACACUUCCUUGUAUUCGUAUUUUAGAGCAUGAAAAGCGACAUUUCGCCAGUUUUAUCAGCAAUGACUUAACCAGAGUUGAGCUAAUGUGAGCUUGUGAUAAUACUAAUUCAUAAAACAAACAUGGGAAACCGUGCAUCUCAUCCAGAAUCUAUAGAAUGGAAAUUUGUUGGAAGGGAUGCAGAAAUGAGAAAAAUAAAGGGACUUCUAUUCAAGAAAAAAUCAGUUCUUGUUUUUGGAAUGAAGAAAAUUGGAAAGUCAAGAUUUAUUGAAGAAUUGUACAGACACUUGUGCAAAAAUGAGAAAUAUGAAUGUUUGAUCCAGGAUUUUGAAUCGGACGACAUAGAAUUAGGUCAUACGAUAUAUAACUGGUUUAUCAAUUUCUUGACUUCCAUAGGUGCGGAUGAAGAAAGAGAACAUUUUGUAAACCAAUAUCCGUCAGAAACAAUCGCAUGCCAUUCAUGUGAAAAGUGCCAACUUCCCGACAGAGACAAGUGUUUAAAACGGAACGAUCUGAUAAAGAAAGCCAUUUAUUCCGUAAUAUAUACCUUAGGGAACUUUAAAUGUGAAUUUGUGCUUUUCUUAGAUAAUAUCAACAAAAUUAUGGAUAGCCCAUUAAAAGACAGUUUUCUACAUUUUCAUCGCCUAUCACUGAAAUGCCCUAAUUUGAGAAUAGUUCUCGCAUCAGCCAACAAACCUAAACAAAUGACAAAAGGUUAUGAAUCUUUUGAACUCAAACCGUUAGACAAAAAAGCAAUUCUUGAAAUACUCUUUGAAACAACUGAACAAAGGGACAACUAUUCAGACGACGAGGAACUCUGUAGUGAAACUGUGUCAUAUUCACCAAAAUUCAGGGUAUUCAAGAAAGAGAACGAACCAUAUAUGGAAGCUAUUGUGAGUUUAUGUGAAGGGCUUCCCUUAGCAGCUAUUAUGUCAGGUAUGUUGUUGACCGAGGAUGAUUGCUUACUGACACUUGCAAAUCUUGUAGAAAUUCUGAUUUGCAUGCGACUAACGAGUCUCAGCCCAGACAACUGUCCACCAGAUGAUCGCUUAGAAAUCCAUAAAAAUCCAAAAGAAGAGGUAAAGGGGGUUGCAGCAUUUUUCAACUGCCUGAAUGAAAAUAUGACUGACACCAAGUUUAGUAUUGACAAGGCAGCAACUGUUGUAACUGAUGCAUCAGGGGAUGUCGAAACAGAAGCUAUGGUGAAACACAAUGUUUUGAAAAAAGCUUUGGAUAAGUCUAUCCUGUGUAUAAAAUCAAUGUCAGGGGAGCAGCAGCUGAACUGGCAUGGUAUAUUCCGGGAAUGUCAGGCAGCACUAAAAGCUAUAGACAGUAUACCUUCUGGCAAUGACACUGCCUCUGCGAAAGAUAUGGUUUUGAAAUUCAUGAAAGAAAACAUUGUUAAAGCUGGACUAGGCUUUGAUGAGGAAAUACUGAGAAAUCCAAAAUAUCUAGAGCUUGCCAUCAGAAGUCUCUCUUGCAAGGAGAAAACUCCACCACCAAUACAAGUCGUGGAAGACAAUGAGGCGGUUAGAAUGUAUCUACUUAAGGAACAUCAUUUGGCUAGCAAGAAGGCUGGUACAACUGAGUUUGACACAGAACAGUUACCAGUUAUGAAAGCCCAUAAAGGAAUAGAACAUUACAAAUCUGUGGAAAACAGUCCGCCUAACGACUCCCGAAAAAACAAGAAACUUGCCACUCGGUACUCCGUUUCUGAGGGAAGUGAUAGCAGUGAUUCCGAUAGUAUGAAUUUACAAUAUACAAAUAUUGAUAUUAGACAAACAGAGGGUUCGAUGAUGAACGAUGUUAACACCCAUAAAGGAACAGAACAUUACAAAUCUGUGGAAAACAGUCCGCCUAACGAGUAUAGUAUUGACCAAGCAGUAGCUGCUGCAAGUGAUGCAUCUGAUGGUGGUGAUUCCGAAGCAAUAUCCACCGUCGCUUCUGGACAUGUUACGAGGUCGCUACAUCGCUAUACGGUUCCUCUUUCCUUCUGGAAAGACUUAGAUCAGUCACAAAAGAGCAUUAAAUACAUGCUUGAAUUUUGCGACGGUGUUGAAAAGACGGCAGGUUAUACUAAAUACCGACAAGAAGCAGAUAUUUGUGAAGUAGAUAUUUUCAUUGAUACCGACUUACACGAAAUCGAGUCGCUAGUACCAGAUGUUUGUAAAAGAGAACUACAUACAUGGAAUGUUUUCGAAGAAACCGACGACAAAAGUAUAGUUUCAAAUUUCAAAAAAGGAGUUGUGGUUGAUUCUGGUGGCCCAAAGUUAGUAAAAUCUUUAAAUGAACCCAAUAUCACAGUACUCAAAGAAGAUGGCAGUUGGUGUAUCGAGGAUACUUGUGACGACACUUUCAAGACGAAUGAUAGUAUGAAAAUAAAAUGUCUAAUUGAGCGCGUUAUUUUUGAACCGCUGAUAGAAAGAUGCGAGUUUCUCGGUCAAGUUCUUGACGCCCUAAACACAGCAUCAGUAUCAGAGAAAUAUCAUAGUGAGGUGAGGGAUAAAAUGUCCAAGUUCGAAACUGCUCGACCAAAAGACAGAGGCGAGUGUUUCGAUGAAAAAGUCCUUGCACAGUUCAAACAACAAAGAGACACAGUUGAAGGUUUAUUCGAAGAAAUGGUCGCUGCAAUUUCGAGAAGUCACUUAAAUCGAGAAAAUGUAAUAAGACUAAAAGGAUAUUUGGAAAACAGAUCUGUGAGUAAAGAGGUAUCUGAAGAACUUUUUAGAAAAGAACAAACAGUUAAAGGAUGUGGCUACAGACUAAAAACACUUCAUGUCGAUGUGGAAAGAUUGCCGACAAAGGAAGAAAAUGAUGACCGUGAACAACGUAUUAGAGAAUUUUUAAGUAAUCACGACAUAACUGAUGUCAAAGUUAACUUCGUGUCGCCGACGCUAGAGGAAUAUAGCUAUGUCGGUGCACAUAUUGGUCUCAAAUCAGACACCGUCUUAAAAACGGGAACGCUCGGGUGUUUUGCAAAUCAUUCCAAAGAUCAGAAAUCUUCGUUAUGUGCUUUGCUUUCAAAACACGUGGCACAAGGCUGUUCAUCAGAAAUUUUAAUCGAGGACAAAGAUAAAAAUCUAAAAAUCUUUGGAAAAAUUCUUCCGGAUACGUACGUUGAUGGUGGUCAUGAUAUUGUAGCGGGUGUAGUAGAAGGCGAACACAUUUCAAACUGUGACAUGGGAUUUAGAAGUAUAGAAAAUAAAAAGGUACCUGGAGAACUGUACAGUGGUGGCGAUACAACUAACCUUCAGGGACAUCCUAUUCAUUUAUGGGGAGCAAAGUCUAAACCAGGUAUAGGAAAAGUAACUGUUCAGAACUACCAUUUUGCCGAUGACAAUGACACAUAUAUUGAAGUCCAAGAUGGAUCUGUAGCCUUAGGCAAACCUGAUGCCGUUCUUGCAAAAAACGGAGACAGCGGUGCGAUUGUAUGCAUGGACGAAUCUGGUGGAGAGAGAGUAAGGGUUAUAUCUAUGCUGAUGGGUCCGAAAAAUGAGAUUGGUUCGCAAAAUGAUCUUCAAGUAAAAAGAAAAUAUCUCACCCUUCCCCUGUCCAGUGGAUUACGAACUCUAGAAAAACGAACGAACGGAACGUUUCAGUUGCAAGGCACAGAUACUUCGGUAAAAUCAGCCGGUAAAAUGCUAGAUCCUACCAGCCUUUUUGCUGAAAAUAAUGACGAAGGCAUGCAUGAAGAGGAACCUCGGAAUCAGAGAGAAUAAACAAUUUUGGUUGUCUGACCUCAAACUGUCAAGAUCCAGUCGGCCAUCACAUUUAUGUAAUAUAUUAUAUUAACCCAUUCAUAUCUUUACUAAUAUAUUAUCAAGAUUUCAAUUAUUAUGUGCAUUAAUGUUCGAAAAUGAAUAGGCGUAUCUAUCUCUUAAUUCAUGUAACUUAGUCUUUUCCAUUUGCACGCUAGUACUUAGCAUGCACAACUGAAAAGUUUGGUUUCAUCUUUCUGAACGCAUCUCAUACAUUUGGUGGACUCUGGCUGAGAUACUGACGGCUAUGGCAUGGAGAAAUUGAGAGGUGACAUUUGUUUUUGUUUUCCAAACUCUUUGUUUAUACUGUCUAUGAAUUUGAAAUUAUUUCUUUCAAUGUAAGUAAAUGGUUAUAAUAAAGAAGGCUUACUGGUGAGUGAACAAUCAUGUUAUUCCAAAAGCGGAAUACUUCAUAUGUAUCCCAAAGUGUAGGAUGUGUAUUGAGAAUACCGAUUUCUUACCUUUAGCUAUUCAACAAGAUAUUGCUAAAACAUUUAAUAUACGCUAUCAAAUGCAAUAAAUAUCAUUUGUACUACUUUUUGAUAUAGUACAAUCCAGUAUCAUUAAUACUGCUUCGUUGUUUAAUGCGAUACAUUUCAUUUAUACUACUAUGCUGUUUAAUGCUAUGUCAUUUAUACUACUUUGUUGUUUAAUGCAAUGUCAUUUAUACUACUUUUUUGUUUAAUGCAAUGUCAUUUAUACUACUUUGCUGUUUAAUGCAAUACAAUAUUCAAUAGCUUAAUUAAUUAUACACAAUUUAGCAUUUUUGAGUUUACAUGUCAUGUCUUUUGUUUCCUUUGAGUGUGUAAGUGAUUCACCUGGCGAAGAUAACUUCUAUUAUCUUCAGAUUCUUGAUAGUGACAGUGAAUUAAUAUAUGGUUUAAAUUACAAACUACACAAUUGUUGAAUGAUACUAUCAAACCUAUUAUAUGCGGGAUUGUUUACACACCGCCUAUAGUUUAACUAUAUCACAAUCUAAUAUAUAGUAUCCUAAUAUAUAGAUGAUCUCUGCAGAAAGCAUUACUGUUUACGGCUAUGGUCGCAUGAUGAAAACGAGACAAAAAAAAAUUGCAAGGAAAUGUAAACCUGGAGAAAUUUAAUAAUAUUCUUGAAGAACUUGAAAGAAUUGAAGAAAAAAAUGUGCCCGAACAAUAUGAAAUAAAUAAGUUUGUUGAAAAAAUUAAUAACAUUAUUUCAAAUUCUUGUGAACUAACAUUUGGCCAAAUGAUAAACAAAAGUAGUAAGAACACCUCCCCCAACCCCCAAAUAUUUAAGCAUGGUUUAAAAAGGACUGUCACAGCGCUAAAAAUAGAUAUCAUAUUGCACGCAGGAUGUUUAACAAAAAUAAAUCUGAGUUGAAUAAAAAUAAUCUAAAAUCAGUCAGUAAAGAAUAUAAAAAUACAUUAUCACUUAAUUUUAGAAAAUAAAAAUUAGAAAAGGCUGAAAGUCUAAGACAUUUAAAAUAAAAUAAUCCAAAGGAAUACUGGAAAAUAAUUAAUUCUAUUAAUAAAACAAAAAAUAAGGUGCGAGCAAGUCGUAAUGACUUUUAUGAGUUUUUUUAAAACUAUAAAUGAUUAUAACUUGUCUGGAGCGGAAAAUAGCAAAAAUGACAAUAAAGAGGAGGCUAACGAAGUACUUUGAACGAAAUAAAUGAAGACAUAAAUGGAAAAAUCACAAAUUGAAGAAGAAAUAAUACGAAUUGUUAAAUCUCUUUAAAAUGGUAAAAGUCCUGGUAUAGAUAGCAUUAUACAUGAACAUAUAAAAAGCACUUGGAGAAUCAUGAUGUCAAUGUAUAAAAGACUAUUUAACUUAAUUCUAAAUCACGGUAUAAUUCCAGAAUUUCGGACAGAAGGCACUAUAAUAGCAGUAUGACUCAAAUUUACCAGAAAAUUACAGACCCAUUACCUUAUCAAGUUGUCUAGGAAAAUUGUUCAGAAUCAUUAAUGAUAGACUAAAUAAGUACGCAAACGAAUAUGAUCUUAUUUCAAACUACCAAGCAGGAUUCAGGAAAAAACAUUCUAUUACAGAGAAACUCUUUGUUUUGCAAUGUUUAAUAGAUUUAUUAAGCUCACUAAAAAGGAACUUUACUGUGAAUUCAUAGAUUUUAAACAGGCGUUUUAUACUGUAUGGAAACAAGGCCUCUGGACUAAGUUAUUAAAAAGCCAGAUAAAUGGGAAAUGCUUUAACCUAAUCAAAAAUAUGUAUAGUAAUAUUAAGUCUAGAGUAAAGACAAAUAGGGGGACCACAGCUUUUUCCCCUGCCUGACGGGUGUUCGACCAAGGAAAAAUUUAUCUCCCUUGUUAUUUUCUAUCUUUCUAAAUGAUCUGGAGAACUUUUUCAUCCUGAGUGAUGAUAAUGGAAUAAAGUGUAAUAUUUCAUAUAAAGAGAUAGUAAUGUAGUAUGUCAACUUUUCAUUAUUUUAUACGUAGAUGACACUUUUUUGGUUAAUAGUAAUAGUACUGACUUGAAAACAACCCUUAAGCUUUUUGAAGAAUAUUGUGACACAUGGAGGUUAACCGUUAAUAUUAAUAAAAUUAAAGUACUUAUAUUCGGGUCUGAAUGUAAAAACUACAAAGAGAUUUUACUUUUAAAGGAAAUUGAACUAGAUAUUUUGAAUGGGUAUAAGUAUCUUGGUAUAUACUUUUCCAGAUAUAAAAGUUACUUAAAUGCUAAAAAAACACAUAGCUGAACAGGCAAAAAAGCAAUGUUCUUACUUCCAAAAAAGAGUAGGGUCUUAAUUUCCCUUAUGAUAUACAGAUUGAGUUAUUCAAUAAAAUUAUGAAACCAAUAUUGUUAUAUGGAUAUUGUUAUAUGGAUGUGAAUUAUGGGGCUUUGGAAACAAUGAAAUUUUAGAAAGAGUUCAAUUAAAAUAUUUUAAACUAAUAUUUCAUCUUAAAAGAUCCACACCAACUCAUCAUUUAUAUAAUAUGGAGAAUUAGGAAUAAAGCCGCUACACUUUGAUAUAAAUGAACGAAUGAUUAACUUUUGGGGUAAGCUUACUGGUCCAGAGAAUGCCAUUAGAAUAGUUGGUUAUAAAAUUACAUGUACUACAUUAUAUAUGGAUUGAAACAGCAAGGAAAACUGUAUUCCAAAUGGAUUGAACAAAUUAAAAAUUCAUUUUAUUCAAAUGGAUUUGGAAACAUUUAGGAACAACAACAUACACUGAACAGAAAAUGGUUUUAACUAGCUUUUAAGCAAAUGAUAAAUGACCAGUACCUACAAAUUUGGAAUGACAUGACACAAAAAUCUUCUAGUGACAUGAACUAACGAAUAUUUAAAACAGACCUGAAAAUGAACCCAUUUCUCAAAACUUGCUAAACAAACAAAGUAGAAUUCUUAUUGCCUUCAGAACAAGAAAUCAUAGAUUUCCAAAUGAAGUAGGGAUAUGGACGGGUACUGCAGUAACUGAAAGACUCUGCACUUUAUGUAACAGAAAUGAAGUAGGAGAUGAAUACCAUUAUUAUUUUUUUUUUGGAAAAAUGACAAAAAAAGUUGUUUUAAUAAUAUGAUAGCCACUGAUCUAAAUUUGGUAAGAAUUACCCAUAAUGUUUGAAGAAUAUAUGUAUGUUUACACAACAAUAUGUACAUGUUUUGUACAAUUUUUGUACAAUUCAUAUGUUCACAAUUUUGGUAUACAUACAUGUAGUUUCAUUAGUCACGGCUUAAAUAGCCAUGCAGCCCUAAUUACUAAAAGAUUCAGAAAUUACAACAUAAAAUGACUCUUAAUUAACUAUGUUCAAUUAUAUUUACUAUUGAGAAACUUUUCAUUCUUAUCUGGGAAUACAGUUUAAACAUUUUUAAAGUAACAUGGACACAGCAACAUUAUAUACAAUUACAAAAGACUGACUUAGUAUUUAAGUAUAUUUGUGCUUAUGUUCCUUUCAUUUCUCCUUUCGAAAAAGCAACACUAAUACAAACAUCAUUACAACUAUAUCUCUAUACAUGAUGAGUUUGAUCCAACUAGAAUCUACACUUAAAUACUUAUUCUCCAUUAUCAAGAUUAAGUAUGUUUUUAAAAAAUGCUUAAAUGCAGUCUAUGCUAUAAUACAGUCAUAUUUAAUGCUUUGUCUUUGGAAAAUUUAUUAAUUUAUUCAUACACUGCUUUAAUAUAAAUAACGUAAGCAAGUUUGUACCAAUUUUUGCAUAUAGAUCUAUAUGCCGGAUUAUGUCUUGUGUUUAAUUAUACUAGAAUGUUAUUACCUUUAAAGCAUCUAGCUUGGCUUUUUCUUUCUUUUCUUUUUAUAAUGAGUAUCUUCUUUUUAUUCUGAGGUAUACUGUAAUGCUAGAUUCCAAUAAUUUUUCUACUUUAAUGGCUACGGCUAAAAUUAUAUAAUCAUAACUAUUUUGUGUUGUUUAUAUUUGCUUGAUUGUUUGUUUUCUCAUAUUCAUGAACAAUUUGUUAAUAUGGUAUUCUGUAUGUAUUUCAUAGAAUUUAUUUCAAAAAGGUACCUAGCCAAAAUGAAAUAUAUUUUUGUCAAUUUAAACAUACUGGUUAUAACAUGCUAAUUUACUUAUUUUUUUUAAAGUUACCAUGAAUGGUUUAUUAACAUCAAUAAUAGCUACUCCUAAGCCAUGCAUGUAUACUUGUUAGAACAGGACAACGUUUAUUUAGAGACCUAAAGGGAGUGGAUUGUAGCUCUAAUCUUUCUAUAUGGCUAAAAGUUAUUUCCCUAAAAGACACGUUACUUGGUCUUACUUAACAUCUAUUAAAUAUAGCUAUUGCUGAUACUGAUAGAUAGUUUACAGCUCUAAAUAUUUAAAUUCACCUAGAACUGAAGAAUUGAUAUAAAUUCUGGUAAUCUACUGUCAAAUCAAGUCAGAAUUGCCCUUGUGGUUUGGUUUUCGGUGAAGGGUAGGUCUUCUGUACUUGCCAUUAGAAUAGUUGGUUUUAAAUUUUAUAUAAGCAUUGAAAUGUCAACUUAGAUGAAGUAAGUCACUUACCCCUUCUUGAUAGUUAAUUCCCAUGUUGCCGGUAAAUUCCAAUUGCGAAAUUGAGAAUGCUGUAUUUUUAAAUGAUUUUAAACACCACAAAAUGACAAAACUGUUGUGAAUUCUAUUAUAAAUAUCUCUAUUCAGUAUCCGCAUGACCUUUUGUGACACUGAAAUUAAGUGCUUUUAAUCACGGAACACUGUUUUACUAAUAGACCACGUGUUAGAGACUUUUAAAGUAAAAUAAGAGUGCUUUUCACAAAAAUCGCAAAAGUUAGCUACUAAGUGAGGUAAUUAAAAUUUCUAGUUAUAGGUUAUAAUGUACUAAAAUCAUGAUAAACAAGAUCUGCUUAUCAGAUUCUGUAUAAAAAUAAUACGUGAAUACAAUUCGUAAGAUGAAAUUUAAACGCCGAUUCAUUCACUUGUCUUAAAUAAGAGUUGUCCUCUGCUGAUCACGUGUUUUAUAUUAUUAUUAUUAUUAUUAUUAUUGAAAUGUUAAUCUCAUGUAUAUGUCAUGUACAAACUGAGAGACUUUAAUAAUAAACUUGUAUUUACA